AUGACCGGGCGGGAGAAUGAAAGAGUUAGAGGAAGGGAUGGAUUUAAACAAAAGACGAGUAUAAGCGAGUCCGACGGGUUGCGUGCCCUGUUAGAAUUGAAUGGACGAACGGGUAGCAAAAGGAGAGGUGAAGUGAAGUGGGAGCAGAGACAAGGUCAAGUGUCCACCAGCAAAGUGCCCUCCUCCUCCCUCUCCUCAACGCUUUCCAUCUCAAUCUCCUGUCCUUCACUCUACCCCCGCCCGUGCCUCAUAGCGUGGCCGUCCGACCUUCAGGCGGCAAAGGCCACGCCAGUUCUCUGA